UUCGGUUUGAAGGAGAGCAGUAUGGUUAAUAAUAUAUUCACUGUGAUUAAUUUAUUCGUUGUGGUGUUCGUGGUGAUCGCCGGGGCUACUAAAGCCAACACGGAUAACUGGUAUUUGCCGUCCAAUGGCACCGGCACGGGCGACGAGGGUGGAUUUUUCCCCUUCGGCGUUGAAGGGAUGAUCAAAGGGGCAGCGACCUGUUUUUAUGGGUUUGUGGGUUUUGAUUGCAUCGCAACGACGGGAGAGGAAGUGAAAAAUCCAAAAAGGGCCAUUCCAGUGUCGAUUAUUUUUUCAUUGUUUAUCAUAUUUCUUGCAUAUUUUGGCACUUCAACGGUUCUUACUUUAAUGGUCCCAUUUUAUAAUGAGGAUUAUAACGCCCCACUUCCCCAUGCUUUUGAAAUGGUCGGCAUGAGUUGGGCCAAGUGGGUUGUUACCAUUGGUGGUCUUUUUGCACUAUGUGCCAGUUUAUUUGGUGCAAUGUUUCCACUUCCGAGAAUAAUCUACGCGAUGGCUUCCGAUAGUCUCGUUUUUCGUUUCUUGGGACGAGUCAGUUCACGAUUUAAAACACCCGUUGCUGGUACUUUAGUAGCCGGGCUUUUGACUGGCCUAAUGGCCGCUCUCUUUGAUGUUAACCAAUUGAUAAAUAUGAUGUCUAUAGGAACCCUUAUGGCUUACACCAUAGUAGCAGCCAGUGUCCUCCUUCUACGCUACGAGGUUGAUAAAGAUGCCAUUUACGAACCUCUAAGGGCCCUUUUGGACUCGGAGGAAGUCGAUACAUAUACGGAAAAUCGUGCUUUGGACGACCCAGAAACCAGCGAAGAAACUGAAUUGAUGAGUGGCGAAAUCACGACUUUGAAUGUUUUUAAACAGAUUUUUAAUUGUGGUAGACAAGGAUCUCCUUCGGAAGUUUCCGAAAGAAUCGUCAAAGUUCAAGUUUGUCUCUAUUGCCUUCUUUGCAUUUUUAUCGGAAUCUGUGCCAUGCAAUUGAAGGAUUGGAUCAGAAAUGAUUCUCUAUGGGGUAUUGUAGUGUCGGGUGUUGUGGUCGGGUUGGCUGUUUUGGUUUUAAUGUCGAUUACGACACAGCCACAGUCGAGGAAAGAACUGUCAUUCAAGGUUCCUUUGGUGCCUUUAAUACCGGCCUUGAGUAUCUUGAUAAAUAUCUACUUGAUGCUUAUGUUGGACACGAACACUUGGAUCCGAUUCGGCGUUUGGAUGCUUGUAGGCCUUCCCACUUACUAUUUUUCCAUCCAAUCUCAUUCCGAUGCACGAAAUGAGAGUAUAUGCAGUCGUGACUCUUCCACCAAACCGAACAAUAACGUGAACGGUUUCACCAAUCACGCCUAUGUGAGCGACGAAACUUUACCGAAAUUCAAACCACGAGCACCCGAACCACCCAUUACGUCAAACAUCGAGGCAACCAUCGCCGUCCUGGAUCUAGUGCUCGAAAAUGAAGAAGCCAACAUUGACGAAAAUCUAAUCGAUCGCAGAAUUUCUAUUGACACUACCUCAAACGCUUCUAAUGUUUUACGUGAAGAGAGUGUCCAAGCUGUUGUGCAUUGUGAACAAGCCCCACCUCUCGACCAAUCCGGUGACGUUGAUAAUCCCCCUCCCGAUCCUGACCCCGCCCAGUCGCCUGACGUGACUCCUCCCACGGAGAACGAAACCAGUGAAGAAGAAACGCCUCCAACGCCUCCACUUGUAGAGGAAAUGCCACCAGUGCCCCCACCCCCUCCUCCCAUGAUGCCAAAAAUGGGCACUGUGUCCAUUCCAAGGCCAACGUUAAGUGAAUUAAGUACGGUUAAAUUGACACCAUGGGAGGAUAGAAAACCGGCAACGCCCCCUGUUGACUACUCUAGACAAAAUUCAAUGGCACCUGAUAAUAACGACAAUAUUAAAUUUGGUUCGCCUCAAUAUAAAGAGUUUCGCGAGUAUUUGAACCAAACAUUGCAACACGGAGGUUACUCUCCGACUCCGAUAUUUGAUGUAAAGAAGAAACCGUUGCAAGUUAAAACCGAACCGGUUUCGAAUGAAAAUGUCAUUGAGGAUAAGAUCGAUCGAAAUGAUGUGAAGCAAAAGCUUGCACUGUUUUUGGAACAGACUUAUAAUAAUAAUAAUGUUGUCAAAGAAAACGAUUUUAAAGAAGAACAUAAGGUUUUUGAGAGUAUCAACAGCAAAGAAGAAAGUCCUAGUGGUAAUUCAGAAAUUCCGCAGCGUGUGAAGAAACACGCAAAAGAUGACAACGAUUACGAUCGUCUGCGGCAUAGACAAAACAUGGAUAGCAUUUUCAAGAGUAUCAGGCUAAAAAAAGUAGACAGUUUUAAAACCAACGAAUCUCAGUAAAGUUUGAUGUUGAUUUAUUGGAGAUUGAUAUUUGUCUUUAUUUUUAAGAUCCACUAGCUUUGGAUAUUAUGAAGUUGGAGAACACCAAGCUUUAUGUUCCUAUUCCUAUUUAUGUUGCUUUUUUGUUCUAUCCUUUACCUUUCUUUCGCUUUGCUUCUAACUGUUGCAUGAGAUUAUUUUCUAAUAAACGAUAUUAAAGAACUGGAACUAUUACCGAGUUCUUUACAGGUUUUCUUAUUUACGGAUUUUAUGGCCUUCCAUACAAUGUAAGAACGUUCAGAAAUUAUGAAAGAUUAGAAUGAGUCUCCUGUAUUAACUCUAUUUUAUAUAUAUAAAUUGUAGUUUGUAUUAAUAAAAUAUAUUUCUUAUAAGAA